AUGGCUACAACUGGAAUAUUCAAAAUCGUUUCCAGCAAUAAUGAUAUAACUGCAGCUGAAGUCAGUGGAUCAGAAAAUGAAUUAAAUCUUCAGAAUUGUCGGAAUACUUUAUUGGAAAAAUUUGAAAACUUAGCCAAUCAACUUUCUGCCGGUUGGAAAUAUCAUAUUGCAAAUACUGAUGGUAUCAAAGAAGCAUGGAUAAAUUUUGACGACUUCUAUACUGAAAUAUGCUCGUUUGCGUCAUCAGAUCAGAACUUACCAACAAUUGUAAAUAGUAAUAAAACCAAUGAUACUGGUUUCGAAUCUUAUCGUUAUCAUCAUCAUCAACAACAACAGCAUCACUAUCGUACGACUCAAGAAUGUCAUAAGUUACUGAUCGAAAAAGUUGAUGCUUUAACAAGCAAGUUAUCACCAAAUUGGACUAUGGCUAUCGAAAGUAUCAAUGGCAUUUCACUUGCUUGGAAGAAUUUUCUGCAGUAUUUUCAACGAAUUUGUGCCCAAGAUCAUGGUAAGCCAUAUAAUUUCCAUCAUAUCAAUUGUUUCACAAAUAUUUGCUUGAUAAAAACUGGUGGUAUGACAAUUAAUUUACUGGAGAUAAAACAAAAAGUUGGUAAUUAG